CAUCAUAUCAUAUAAACAUACGUACGAUUAUGUUUAAAUAAAGCAUGAUUUGAGAUAUACACAUAACAAGACAUUUAUUUGUAAACCAACUGGUUUAUAACUAUAAAGGGUUAUGUUUAUGCCAAUAUAGCCAUGUGUGGAAUAUUCUGUAACAUUUCACAAAACCAUGCAAAUUGUAUAGAGAUUUCACAUGAGUGGGAAGCUUGCAAGAAUUUAAUAAUUGCCCGUGGUCCUGAUGGUUUAAUUGAGAAAUUUGAAAAUUUAACUCCAAUUUGGUCUGGUCACUUUGUUGCUUCUGUAUUAUGGAUGCAGGGUUCAGAUUUUUGUGAACAACCAGCUAUAGAUUCGAGUGGUAAUAUUCUUCUUUGGAAUGGAGAUAUAUUUUCUGGAAAUUUGGCUCAAGAUAAUAUAUGUGAUACUAUUGUGCUCUUAAAUGCUCUACAGUCAUGUUCAAGUGUACUGUCAGUGUUCCAAGAAAUCCAAGGUCCAUAUAGUUUUAUAUAUUUUCAAAAGUCUACAAAUCUUUUGUAUUUUGGUAGAGAUGUUAUUGGCAGACACAGUUUGCUUUUAAAAGUGGAUACUGAUGAAAAUAUUUUAACAUUGACAUCUGUUGCCAGUAAAGAUGUAAAUAGAAUUAUGGAAAUUCCUGCAAUUGGAAUUUUUGUUAUGAAUUUAAACAAUUCUAGAGUGAAUUUUACAUGCUACCCAUGGAAGGAGCCAGAUUUGCGAUUUACUGAUAUUAUUGAAGCACUAGAAACACGUUUGGAUGUAGAUAUUGAUAUUGAAAAAGCUAUAUUAAAAUCAGAUGUAUCAACGUGUCUACAUAUGCAUCCUAAUAUUAAAGACUUGGAAUAUUUGGAAAAUAGUCCUUGUUUGGAAAAUUCUUGUAAAAUACUAGAAUAUUUGAUAGAAGAUAAAGAUAUCCUUGAAAGAGUCAAUCGAUUAUUGAAACUUCUUUAUAAAGCUGUGGAAGUUAGAGUAAAGAAACAGCCGAAAUUCUGUAAAACAUGUAUUAAAUUAGUUUUAGAGAAACAAGAUGUUAUAUGCAAUCACUCAAAAAUAGGUAUAUUAUUUUCUGGAGGAUUGGAUUCGGCUAUUUUAACACUAAUUGCUGAUAAAUAUGUAUCACAACAUGAACCUAUUGACUUGAUCAAUGUUGCAUUUGAAAAGUCUAUUAAUACAUCUAAGAAAUCAAGUGCAAAUAAUGAAAAACAAAGUAUGGAGGACCAAUAUGAUGUUCCUGACAGAAAAACUGGAAAACAAACGUUUGUAGAGCUUACAAAGAUUUGCCCAAAACGAAAAUGGAAUUUUGUAGAAGUAAAUAUCAGUCAAACAGAAUUGCAGGAAUAUCGUUCAUCGCGAAUUUGUAAUUUACUAUAUCCACUAUGCACUAUCUUAGAUGAAAGCUUAGGUUGUGCUGUGUGGUUUGCAAGUCGAGCAAAGGGCACAAUUCUUUUGAAUACAAAUGUAUAUGAAUCCCCAUGUAGAGUACUUCUCUUAGGCAUGGGUGCAGAUGAAUUGUUUGGUGGAUAUAUGAGACAUAGAACGAUAUUAAGGCAUAAGGGUUGGGAUGCUUUAACACAAGAACUAAACAUUGAACUAGCUGGAAUCUCUGAAAGAAAUUUAGGCCGUGAUGACCGUAUCGUAUCAGAUCAUGGAAGACAAUCUAGACUGCCAUACUUAGAUGAAAACAUAGUAGAAUAUGUUCAAAAACUGAAACCAUGGGAAAGGUGUUAUCCAACAGAUAAAAUGCCAUCUGGAUUAGGAGAUAAAUUACUUUUACGUUUAGUGGCAUAUAAACUUGGUUUCCGAAAUACAGCCAAUUUCCCUAAAAGAGCUUUUCAAUUUGGAUCUCGAAUUGCUAAUGGCAAAGAAAACGCCAAAGAUAUAUCAGAUCGCUUAUGAAAUUAUGGUAUAUGCAAUUUUUUCUGAUGUCAGUAAAUAUAAUGUUUAGUUAAUUGUAGUAUAGUUAAUUGUGAAAUUACUUAUGACCUAUGUUUCAGGUAUUAUUUCAUAUUCACAGACUUUAUAUUCUAAAAUCAUUAAAAUAAUGAUGCUUAUAUAUAAUUACAUUUAACAAAUUAUACAUAACAAGAUUAAAUGUAAUUGUAAUGGGCAUUGAAAGGUUCAUAAUAUACAAUGCAAAAUUAGUGCCUGAAGUGAAAAAACUGCAGAAAAACUUAAUAUCUUUUUCCUCUAUGUGUAAAUAAUAGUUCAGUGAAUUUCUUAAAAAUAGAAAUGUGCAAGUUCAGAAAAGAGAGAGAGAAUGAAAACUAGCGUUUCUUUUUUUCACUGAAUCAGUCAAUAUUUUUCUUAGUUUAUAAUCUACCUCAAAAUAUGCAUACUUUGAACAAGACUGUGAUAUUUUGUAUGUGUUGCAGCUCUUGUAUUUUUUGUGCUUCAAAUUAGUAUACACGUGUCUUAUAAAGACAUUCUUUUUAAUAAAUUUUAUAUACCAAUCUUUUUACAGAACAUAAAAAUAAAAUAUUUCAAUAACAAA